CAGCUUUUAGUGAAAAUUCACCAUUGAAAACCUAAAAACUUGUUAUCACCUUUUAAGUACCUCUGUUCACACUGCAGAAGCUCAGCGGCUCUUAGGCACCUAUAUCUAAAUGACAUAAGUCUUUAUUGAGUCGAUAGAGGUAUCUAAAAGGUGAUAACAAGUUUUUAGGUUUUCAAUGGUGAAUUUUCACUAAAAGCUGUCUAGAUCAUAAAAAAUUCAUAUCUUGCGAAAGCUUUGGCUUAUAAGUCUAAAAGUGUCGCAGUGAGCAGACAACAUCUAUCUUCAACUGUGGUGGAAAUUUCCGACUCCUAGCUGAUCAUGGUCGUGAGCUAUUAAUUAAUUAUUGUUAAUUGUUUUCAUUAAUUAACUCAUAUCUCCGUCAAAAAGGCGUAUGGGCCCAAACCAACUUGGGGUUUUUCACUGCUGACUAUUCCCUACAUGAUGAAAAUAGUCUGAGUCGAAAAGCUUUUAAUCACCUCGAGAGGUUCCCUAGUUAGAGGAAUCCUGACACCAGCAAAUAUCUAUCUUUCGGAUACAUCAGAUUAGUUUGUUGUUCCAUUGCCCAUCCACUUUAGUGCAAAACUGCGAGACAGGUGUCUCGUCGAAACAGUCAAGAACUAAUGAACAAAAUGUUAUGAAAGUUAGAUUUUAUUCUCAAUUUAAAACUGAACCGUUCUGGGUUGCGAAGACAGUUACAAUUUCACUCUGACAAAUCGAUUCCUCUAUUACCGAUAUCCUUGAGUUCUAGAGAUCCUUAUCAAAAGACAAGCAAAACGUCACCAAAGGACGUUUUUGUACUAAACAAAACUAUGAGGUGCGUUUUGACAAUGCAACUCACAAGGAAAAGAUGUGACGAGCUUACUGCCACUGUUAAGCGACACCUACACAAGUGAGUCAUGCAUUAGCCGGCGAUCAAGAGCGAUUACGCAGAGAUGUAGGCAUAGUAACAAGUAGCGAAAUGACGUCCAACGCACACUUGGGUAAAGCAGGAUGGUAACGAUGAUGAAUGCAUACUAGAAAUGAUUCAGAUCGAUAAUUGAAUAUAACAAAAUUUCUUGUUAAAAGCGUUUAUCUCGAAAAUAUAUCCGCCGGCUCAGCGUUGCGCACCGGGAGGGAGGAAUGAUUGACUGUAGCGUCACUCUUAUCACUACAGUCAGUGCUUUGUCCACGAACUAAUCACACUUUCUCUAUCUGAUCAUAGAUAAACAGAUGUAGCGAGUAAAACUGAUAGUAAAUUCCCGUUUGACAAUCCUACGGUUACUGACAAUAAUAAGAAAAAAUUGAAAUUCUCCCUCAGCAGUCCCAAAUGCACACGUCACAGCUGUAUAAGUUGAGAAAAUAAAUAUGACAAUGAGUAACAUACUAAACAUGCGUAUUUGGUUUGAAGAAUUUUCUAGAAAAAUUUGUUUAAUCAGGGAAGAUGAUCAAAACUCUUCCAGAAUAUAAAAUCAAUAAUCAAACCAUCUUGCAAGAGCAAUAUGAUGAAAAUUAUGAGCCAACGUCGGAAGAAAUCAAAGAGUAUGCAGUUUAUAUCGGCAUUGAUCCUGAGAAGGAACCUCAUUUGAUGUGGUUAGCGAAAGAAGGUAUUAUGAAGCCACUGCCAUCUGGUUGGAAACCAUGUCAAGAUGAAAAUGAAGAAUUGUACUAUUUUAAUUUCGAUACUGGGAAAUCAUCUUGGGAUCAUCCAUGUGAUGAAAUAUAUAAAGGAAGAGUACAAGAAGAAAGGAAAAAGGAAGAAUUGAGAAAAGCCAACAAUCGUCCAAAUUCCUUCAACAUGCCAUUGCAAGACACAAUAAAUCAGAGUAAUCUGAGAGGCACUCUAAAUCAGACAACAUCGACAAUCAGCGAUUUGUUUAUUGAUGGAAAAAGAACUGGUUCGCACCCAUUAUCAACAACAAUACCGACAGUGAGAAGCGGAAGACCUUUUGAUGCUCGCUAUGUCAAUUCAGAUCCAGAAGAGGUAAACGACGAGGAUAUCGAUAGUGAUGAAGAAGAAGAAACAAGUAGUGAUGAUUUUCGAAAAAACCUUGAUUUUGGUAUUGAUCCACAAUUAUCUGAAAGAAUUGAACGAAAAGAAAAGGAACAUGGUUCUAGUUUGACAAUUGAUUCACAAGAAAGAACGGCUCAAGCUCCGGAUGAUAAGAACAUCGAGUAUGUAAAACCAGUGAUUAACAAAUCGUCGCAACUGGUUAAUAGUGAUGAUGACAUGAAAAAUAAACAUUAUGACGAUGAUUUUGAUGAAUUUGAUAAUGAAAACGAUGAUCGAGCAAAGCGAGCGAAAUUAGCUGCUCAAGCCGCAGAAAGAAGAUUUAUAUCAACAAAUCAGCAAUCAUCAAAUAAUAAUUUGAAUGACACAUCGACUGAUUUAAUAACACCUCGAACACCAAAUGAUCACAAGAACAAUAUUGAUUUAGAAACAUUGAAAGCUCGUCUUGACUCGGCAGCUGAAGAAGAUAAAUUAGAAUUGUUAGAAAACAAUCGUUUAUAUCUAGCCAAAAUGAAAGCUGAUCUACAAAAAACAAAAGAACAUGAAGAAAAAAUAUUACGAGAUCAAAUGAAGACUAACCUAGCCUUAAUUGAAACAAAUAUUCGUGAUAAUAUUGCUCGCGAAAAGAAACUAUUGGAAACUCGUAAACAAAAUGAAUUAAAUCAAAUAAAACAAAGUAUUGAACGAGAAAGAGAUGAAUUACAGAAAAAACUUCGGCAUAAUAUGCAAAUGGAGUUGAAUAAUGAACAACAAAAUAGUACUAAUAGUCAAAUACGAACAUUACAAGAAAAAUUGAAUCGAGAAAAACAUGAAUAUGACGAGAAAGAUGAAUUUUGUUCAACACUACAACGUAAUAUUAAAGAAUUACGUAAUGAAAAUGAGAUAUUAGACCAGAAAAUUCGAGAAUUAGAGGAGAAUUAUCAUAAUACACGUUCUUCUAUUAAUACAGAACAAAUACAAACAAAAUCUUCAAAAAAACAAGAGAGAAAAGAACCAAUAAGAUACAAUAACAAUGAUGAGAAUGAUGAUGACGAUUCAGAACACGAAAUGCAACAAGCAGAAGAUGAUGAUUUAAAUUUGAGUGAUAGUGAUAGUGAUGUGGUCAGUAUGGAACGUACUCUUAAAGAAUUACGAACGAAUAAACUCGAAUAUAUUGAACGCUUAACAUUGUCACCUACGCCUAAUCAACAACAGAAACAAUCAUCGUUAAGUAAUACUCUAGAUAUGGAUGCUAUUCGUUUAGCCAAAGAGUUGUUGGCACGGCAUAAAACAUUUGUAACACAGAAUAAAACUAUCUUCGAUCAAACAUCAAUAAAUAACGAUCCAAAUCGAGAAACAUUAUCAAAUAUUAUGACAAAUGUCUCAACACAACUAAAUGAUAUUGUAACAACAGAUGGACAUAAAACAAAUUAUUUAAACGGAAUUGAUCUUGCACAAUUAUCAGUGAACGAUGUAAAUCCUGUUGUGGAAAAUUUACGUACAAUAAAUAAAAAUCUUAACCGUGUCUAUGAUCUAAUUGAACAACAGAAGUCUCGUCACUUAUUAUCAUCACUACCGCAUGAAUUAUUAACAACAACUGGCACGUUAACUGGUUCUAUGACAUCGUCCAAUGUGGAUAGUCUUCUUGAGAAUCGUUGGACACAAAUGUUUGGUACAUCACGACCAUAUUCAACCACGGAACGUUUAAGAUUUGGUUUACCAUCAACCACAUCUCUGUCAAAUGUUCGUACAUUAACAUCGUCAAUACAAAAUAAUUCCAAAUUACAAACAUCGACAUCAUCACCAUUAAUACAAACACGCUUAAAUGAUCAUCGACAAUAUAUUGAACAAUUCAAACCUCAAACAAGUCUAGUUACAAGAGAAGCGAUUAUUAAAGCAGCAAAGGCCGUGUUUGAGCCCGGUGUUGUUGAGAAAACAAUUAAAAAGUCUUAA